CCAAAUUUGAAUUAGCACCAAAAAAAAGAAAGAAGGAAAAGAAACAAGGGUAUCUAUGCAGUUGUGUUGUGUGGGGUUGUGGGUGCAAGUGUGUUUUUGCAUUUACGUUUAUCUGAAUCCAUGAACUUUUAAAGCUAAGAAGACAGAAAGCCAAUAAUAAUAAAAGGAAAGUCCCCCAGACAAGCCUGGGAUGCACUGUUUAUUUGUUUCACUCACUACUGCACCCCUGACAGGGUUACCAGGGUGGGAAUAUGUAUCCACCUCCCCAGAAGCCUGGUGCCGCUCCCAGUCCUGGCCCCACUGGUCCCAACCCCCCAGCCGGAUAUAGCACGAGUCCACGCAGACACCCUGACUUUGAAAAGACAUCAGGAUGGCGUGGGAACAGCCAGUAUGGAGGCUACACCGGCCAGAACCAGCAGGGUCCCCCUCAGCAGGCGUGGAGUCGCCCCAAUGACUCUGCGCCGCCUGGAGCUCCAACCUCACAGUGGAGUCAGCCACGGUUUCCUGGGCCACAAGGGCAGUUCCAGAAUGCUGUUAGUGCUGGACGAGGGUGGUCAGGUGGAUCCUACACCCAAAAUGUAGGGCCCAGACCUCAGGGUCCUCCCACCAAUAAGAACUAUCUUGUUCCACCACCCUCUUCAUUUAAGUGUGGGGGCAGCAUGUAUGGUGUUUACACUGGCAAACAUCAGUUCCCCCUGGAUAGUGUUGAGGCGGUGCUGCCGGUGCUGGCACGAAGGAAGCGCAUGACCCGCUCUGAUCUUCCUACUCUUGACCCCUGGAGGCUACUCAUGUCCUUGCGGUGUGGUCUGGCUGCUGAAGUGACAUGGGCCCUAGAUGUCUUGAACAUUCUCCUGUUUGAUGACCAAACGGUAGUUUACUUUGGCCUACACCAUAUGCCAGGACUCCUGGAGGCCCUCAUUGAACACCUCAGAAGGGGCCUUAUCAACAUGUUUGACAUCUGUUCAGAACUGGAGCUUGGCAGUGAUGAGAAGGCCACGGGAGCUAACAAGAGGGUCAAGGCCAUGCAGCAUGAUGACUCAGACAGACCCUGGUACUUGCGGCCACCACCAUCGCCCACCCUCGAGCUGGACCUGGGCAAGUUGGAGGAUCAUGACCUGCAGAACAAGGAGGAGAUCUUAAAGGGGGCCGAGGACUUCACCUUGGUCACCAAGACGGGCAAGACGGUCAAGUUCGUGAAGCGGGAUGGCGAGCUGUUCAUGCGUGAAGGCAGCCGUGAGUGGGACAAGUGGGAGGGCUUCAGCUCGGGCGUGGACACCUGGUCGGUGGGUGGAGGCGAGUGCACUGCCCACAUCAUCUGCAGCAUGCAGAGCUCGGUGCCCCCCCUGCCCUUCACUCGCCUCAUGCCCUGCAAGGAUGGCAGGAUUGAGGAGAUGUCCCUUAAGAAGGAGAAGCUGAUAGAGGUCAAGGAGGAGGUGGAAAUUAAGAAGGAAGUGGUAGUGGAAGUGAAAAAAGAGGAAAAGAGUAAGAAGGAGAAAGUGGUGGAUGUGUUGGCAGAAUUAAAGGAAAAGAAGGUGGAGAAGAUGGAGGACCUUAUUUCUAGAGAAAAGUGUGACAACUCCAAAGAUACUGAGUCAACAGACAAACUUUUCAGUCAAAGGAUAAAUAGAGUUAAUAAUGCAAGGAAGAGCAAACUAGACGAAAUAUUUAAGAAGUUAAAGAAGGAACCAAUGGAGGACCAUAGUGACAAUAAGAAAAGGGAGACGAAGGAAGUGUGUGUGUUGAAAAAGGACAAUGAAGUGCAUGUAGACAGUAGUGUUGUGGUGAAACAGGAACCAAGUAGUGAUAAGUUAACUGAGAGAAAACAAGAGGAAGUAUCUCAAAAUAAGCCAGAAUCUAAAGAAAAAUUAGAAAGGCGUGAAAGCAGUGGCUCCAAGAGGGAAAGUGGAGGAUUCAAAAGACCUCAUGAGGAUCUAGAGGAGGAAUCAUGGAGUCCAGAUGAAGCUUCGUUAAGCACAACUACUGAAGGUCAGGACUGGUUAGGUCGACGUGUCAUGUGCGUGGGUACUGUGAUCCGGAAUCUGUCCUUUAUUCCAGGAAAUGAAGAAGUGAUGAGCAAAUGCGCAUCUCUGCUAGCCUUACUUGGCAAGACAAUCCUGCUGCACCAUGAGCACCCCAAACGCACCCCCUCCACGGCGCAUUAUGACCGUGACGAGGAGGCGGACCUGAGCGACUGGUGCAGCUCCCUGGCUCCGGACACGCACUGGUGGUGGCCCUACCUCCACCAUGUGCAUGAGAACACGCUGGUCACCCUGGCCAACAUGGCAGGCUCUCUUGAUUUGUCAAUUUACCCAGAAGAGAUCUCACGGCCCUUGUUAAAUGGCCUCCUACACUGGGCCACCUGUUCUGCCUCGUACGGUCAGGAUCCCUUCCCAGGUGGUGGAACAUCUCUUCAGUCUGCGUUGUCACCUCAGCGUCUCGCCCUGGAGGCCCUUGUUAAGCUCUGUGUGCUGGACCAGAACACAGACUUAGUUCUAGCUACACCACCUUUUACACGGUUAGACAGCCUGUGUGGCCAGCUGACACGCUUCAUGUGCCGCGGGGAGGACCAGGUCCUGCGUGAGUUCUCCAUCAACCUCCUCCACUAUUUCUCAGCUGCAGACUCUGGUGUGGCUAGAGUCAUAGCCAUGCAGAAUGGGUGUGUCUCUCUCCUUGUGGCUUUCAUUGAGGAGGCAGAGGCUGCGGCGAUGAAUGUGGCUAAUGUUCAGGGUGUGAGUGCCCUCAAGGAGAACCCUGAGCUGAUGGGGACGAGCCUGGACAUGGUGCGGCGGGCUGCUAACACACUGGUGCACCUUUCGCGAGUGCCAGCUAAUGCUCGGGUUUUAGCUAAUUGUGAAAACAGACUAUUGACAUUGGUCAUGAGCCAGAUACUUGAUACCUAUGUUGCAUCUCAGUUGUCACAGGUGUUAUUUAAUGUAGCCCAAGUGCAAAAUGAAUUUCCCCAAUUAUCACCUUGCCCUUCACCACCAUCAUCACCCCCACCAACUACAGCACAAGCCUCAGAGUUAACCAAAACUCCAGAUGCACCAAUGGAUGUGGACUCAUCACCAUUAGAUGCACCCAGCCAACCCACUUCUAUUACCACAGCCGUAAAACUGGUCAAUCAUGACUCCAUUUUGACUGAGUAUGAUAAGACCAAUGCUGCAUCCCCCAAUCCUGCUUCUGCUCCUUCUCCUAACCCUAUUUCAGCCCCUAACGCCACACCUGUGCCCACUCCAGCCCCUGCCCCUGUCCCAGCCGUUACUCCAUCUCCAGUUCCUGCCUCAGCCUCUACCCCAUCAACCCCAGCCUCUGGCCCAGCUGUAACACCUGCUACAGCCUCUGCUCCUGCCCCUGCCCUUGCCCCUACCACAGCCCCAGCUCCUGCCUCUGCCCCAGCCCCUGCUCCUGCUACUCCUGCACCUGCCUCUGCCUCUGCCCCUGCCCCAGCCCCUGCGGUGACUCCUGCCAUUGCACCCACCCCCACUCCAACCCCCGCUGCUUCCCUCGCUCCUGCACCCACCCACACCCCAGCCUCGGCUCCAUUCUCACCACUUCCGUCGGCCCCCGCUGCGACUCCUGCACCAGUACCUACAGCUGUACCAAGUCUAGGUAAAGUCCCAACUCCUAAUUUAACCCCUGCCCCCAUCUCUGCAAACAGCCCUGUAUUUAACCCACAAAAAAUGCCCAUGAAGCCCAGCAAUCCCCCCACCCAAACCACAAACUCCGAGUCAUCUACAAAGUGCGAGUCCCUGGCAGCGGCGGCGGCCCCGGUCCCCAUGGAAGCGUCAGCAGCAAGUCCCUCAUCUUAGUAGCGGGUGGGUGAACCCAGUGAGCGUGUAGGCCUCUCUCAGCCAUGUGUGGUACAAACUGUGUGGUGGGGGUGACACUAUGCCCCCUAGGGUCCCCCCCGGUCCCAGGGCCCCCCCUAGUGUCUCAGCAGGGCCCUUGCAAGGACCACCUCAGUGAUAUUGAGUCCUACCAGGCAUUAGGGCUCUCAGUGUUGUGUACAGUAACUAAAAUAAGAUGUGUGUCCUGCUGUAAGCAGUGUCUGUGAAUUAUUCUAAAGUGCGAGUGUAGCCAGCAACAAGUCUGUGAAAGUCUGUGUAUUUGUACUUUUCAAUGUACAGAAGUCUGUACUCAUCUCAGCUGUAUUUCUUGGAUUUAAAGAAAGUUGUAGAAAGAAAGUAUUCAGAGAAACAGUGUUUCUUUAACCUUGUUCUUGAAUAUACAUUUUUGUUCUAUCAGUUCUGGUAUGACACUUGUAAAUCCAGAUUUAAGAUUCCUUUCAUUUGUUUAUAGGAUGGAGUUGAUGCCAAACAUUUUUGUCUAAAAUUGUAAGGUUCUGGCUGACAAUUGGAUUUGCCAUUGGCUUUUUAAUUUUAUUUAACAAAAAAAUGUUGAUAUGAAAGGAGUACAGUAUUAUUCACAUGAACAUUGACUUUCACUCUGUUUUAUUCUAUUUAAAGAAGGAACUUAGAAGGCUGUAUAAAAACAAAACAGUGUAUGUCAUUGUAUAUAGUCAAAUAGUUUGAAAAAAGAUACUUCAGGAGAGGUCAUUCCUUGUUUAUAUAAAUUUUCCAGUAUGGGAAAAUUAUAGAGAAGAAAAUACUGAUCUAAUAUAUGGGAUUCAAGAUUGCUGAAUCCCUCACCACCACCAAAAUCAGAAAAUCAAAUCAAUUUAUGUUGUUUUGAAAUACUGGUGAGAGGAACAAAAAGUUACUGAAGUUUUUAGACAAUAUUUUCCUCAAGUUUAAACAAAUUGUAAUUGUUUUUUUAUUUAAUAAAGAUGAAAACGAAACUUA